GUAGUCCUUCAUGGGGUAUCUUUACCUUCUCUUAGUUUCUUUUUUCUCCUUCAUACACCCAUACACACGUUGGUACAAAACAAAGCGUGGAAAAAUAAAAACUCUGCGGUGAAUUUUUUAUCUCUUCAUAACUGAACGUAUGCAGAGAAAGUCACUCGUGCUUUUGCGUCGAGGCAAGCCUCGCCCACGUGCAAGUAUGUUUCCUGAUAAGUACCGCCGCGUUCCAAAUUUGCUGAAACCCCAACAAGGUGGGCAGCAAUACUUCUCAGAGUUCCUCAUUCGCACGGCGAACGACGAGGUUUUGCGCGGCGCAUCGGAUAUCUCUGAGGAAGUGCGAAACUCCGGAAUUCGCCAACGGCUACCGCAGCAGGACCUUGAGGCGAGCAUUGAGCGCACGACGCGAGAGAGCAUCGCGGAAGAUAUGAAGCAACUGAUCGAUCAGGAUGGCUUCAACACGACACGUGGCUUUAACCAACUCCAAUGGUACGAGCAGGAAGGCGAGCGGAUGCAGCCAAAAGAUCACACUCACAUAUUGCAGGAUCAAGAGUUAAAGGGACCGUCCGAGGGUGCCCUGCCAGAUCGCGUCCUUGGCGAGGAUUAUUUUAAGGAUCGGUAUGGUUACUCACUUGUGAAGGAUAAAUCCACCUCCAAUGAGGUAGGUUUGUCCAUCAUAAAUUACUCACAACUGGACUUGUGGGGCGAGAUGCCGAAAUAUAAUCGUGAUAUGGUUUUUCUGUAUUUGGUUUCACGGCGGCGCAACACCUAUGCGGUAGCCUACGACUACGACGGCAAGCGUCUUCUCACAACUUAUACAGCGGGUAAUCGAGGGCUUAAAGGCGGGGACCGCGGCUUUAGAGGAGACGGAUCCACCGAUAAUGGGCAUCAAGUAACCAGCAUGUAUCUAAACGACCUACUUCCUCGGAUUCGUGAGAAACGCGCUGCCGAUAACAACCCGAUGAGGAAAAACGAAAAGAUAGAGCUUGUCGUGCGCGUGAUGGGCUUCUACAACGGUCGUCAGGGAGCGGUUCGCGCAGUGCAGGAUCGCUCAGCAGACUAUGUAGUUCGCUAUAUCGAAGAUAUCACACCAUUUCCACUGAACGGACCCAAGAUGCCGAAAGGUGUUUUCAAGUAGUAUUUUCAGAUACCUCUAAAACAUGGAUUUAUUUUCCAACAAAAUUCUGAGCAAUUCCAAAAUGUGCAAAAUUAGCAUCAAAAGGACUUGGCUGUGUUUGGAAAUUUUCAGUAUUAUUAUAUUGAUAUCGGAGAGGUGUACAAAAUGUAGAAUGAUAGAAACAGCUCAAUAUAAUUUGGUAAACUUUAACUUCUUUUUAAGCAAGAUAAUGAA